GGAGGAUGGUCACAUGACUACUAUUUUUAGAUGGACAAAAUGUCGGCAGAUCUAACGUUCGGGUCCGUACCGCCAUUUUAUCGAGAGGUGUACGAAAUAUUAUGUCCCAACCAAGAACAGGUUGACGAAGAUCUGCUGGUCAACCUUUUACUGAAAUCAAGUUUACCAAGAGCGACAAUUACUCAAAUUUGGGAUGCAGUGGACAAUAAAACAGGAUUUGUAAAUAGAAAUGGAUUGUACAAAGCUUUGGCACUCACAGCUCUGGCUCAGAAUGGGAAAACUAUACAUGAUAAACUUCUGGAAAGCUAUGCUGGUCAAGAGUUACCAAAGCCAUCCUUGGGUGAUUUAGGCGACUUGAGAUCAACUAGUGUUAAACUACGAAGAGAAAAAAAUCCUAACAUUUUAGGUUACAACUAUCGAGAAUUGUGUGAUUUAGAUGCUAUCAAAGUAGAAUUAAUGCCUGAAAAGAAAGGAAUCAUUUUAAAACAUGUAGAAUAUGAAGUUACUAGUCGGAACUACAAAACUACCGUCCUACGUCGCUACAAUGACUUCUUUGCAUUCCAAGAAAUGUUAAUGUUGAGAUUUCCAUAUAGAUUAGUACCUAGACUACCUCCAAAGAAAAUGAUGGGCGCAAAUAGAGAAUUUAUAGAACAGAGACGAAAGUCACUACGAAGAUUCUGUAACUUAGUGGCAAGACAUCCGAAAAUGUAUGAUGACAAACUAGUUAAAUUCUUCUUGACUUUUAGUGGUUCGGAUAUGACGAACAAAAUAAAGGAGGUAUUCCGAGGAAUCCCAGAUGAGUUUAUGACAAGUAAUUUGGCCAGUAAAGCAAAGGAGUUAGUUCCCAUGGACACCCAACAACAGAUACAGAAUAGUAAAGAACAUAUGAGAAUGUUAUACAAUGGUGUGAGUAAGAUGAAGGAAAUAUCUGAGAAGUUGGUAAUGAGGGCCACUGGAUAUGCCUGUGAUAUGUUACAGUUUGGUCAGGAAUUAAGUUCAUUUAGUAAUGAUGCAACUAGUGUCUCUGCCUGGGCAACAGGUCGAAGUGAAACAUGGCAUCACCUCAAGAAAGGCUUUAAACAUCUGUCUGUGGAGUAUGCAGCGUUAGGGGACAAAGCUGCACAAGAGGCAGGAGAUACAGAUAGUGAAGUCGUAGAGAAAUUAUGUUUAUUUCAAGAUUUACUGCUAGCCUAUAAAGAUCUAAAUGACAGACAUGAAAAGGGAGUUUUAAAUGACCACCAAAGAGCAAUUGCAAAAAUGGGAAGUUAUAAAAAGAAAAGAAUGUCAGCAACUGUGAACACAGCCCCAGAGGCAGGGACAGUAGAGCAAUUAGAACAGAAAAUUUUAGAACAAGAAGGUCAGAUAGCCAAUAUGGAAAAUAGAAAUUACUUUAGUUUACAUUGUCUUCAAAUGGAAACACAACUAAUUCAUGCAAAUUUAGAAAUAUUAUAUGAUGUACUUGGUGAAAUGGCUGUUAUACAAGCUAAAUCACAUUCUGAGAUUGGAAAAGUAUGGAGUGAAAUAAAACCAAUUGUAGACAAUUUACAUGGUAGAGAUAGUUCAAGGCCAAAUUCACCAACAAGGACCUCACCGAUUGGAUCACCAAUGACCAGCAGUGGAGGAGGGUUACCCAUGUGAUUAAGUUUACAUUCCAGGAGACAUCUGUCUUUGCAAUACUAUCUAGUCACCUUGUAAAGAAAUGCUUCCUCAGCAAGAGUUAUGAUAUUACAUUGUCACUGCCUCAAUUAGGAUAUUAACAUAUGGUCAAGUGCUAGAUUCUUUAAAAAGAAUCAAAUAUUAAAAGUACUCAAAGAAUGGUCAGAAUGGAAAUAACUGAACUUACCAUGCUUAUUUAAUCUUGCAAUUGCCUAACAAUCAGAAAUGACAGGUUUGUUAAUAUACUAUGAUUGUUAACUUAAGGUUGGAAGAGUAAUUUUCCUUUAUUAGUUUAUUUACAGUGCAUUCUAUAUAAAUUGUAUUUCCAGUUGUAAAAUUAAAAAGUGAUAAGAAGCAUAAUUUUUGUACAUUAUAUAUUAAAAAUUCUAUUAAAUGGAAAGUUGCACCAUU